AAAAAUAAAACUCACGAAAUGGAGAUACGAGGUUUUAGAAGGACAGCAGCGAUAUGCUAUUUUUAGUAACGAAAAUUACAACUCUGUAUAAGAGGCAAUUACAAUUUAGACAAUAACCCUACAUUCAAACCUUUUUAUUAAACCCCUAAAAAGAGACACAUUAUCUAUUAAAAUUGUUCUGGUUUACAAUAUGCCAGUUUCACAAAAGUUAAAAGAUUGAACUUGUGAGCAAAUCUGGUUAGCUAGUUAGCAGUCAAAUGUCUAAUUACUAUAAUGAUGUCUUGUGACUAUAUAGCGUGAAAUUAAUUUUUCCCAUUGGAAUCAAGUCCCAUAAGCAACACACCUCAAAUUGUUCUUUACACUUUUCCAAUGAAAAACAUUGGCGAAACACAACGUAUAAAAGUGGGCUAGCCAUGUCAAGUCAUCUUUUGAUUUCUCUACCAACAGAGGCAGUGCGGUGAGUGAAUAUUGAUAUUGAUUUGUAAAGAAACAUGUUUCUCGAUUUUUGGAAUAGAAAUCACAUCAGAUGAUCAUUCGGUCAGCAUUUAUUCACCCUCACAUCACUCGAAACCUGUAUUUGACUAUUUGUUCUGUCGAGCAUAAAAGAAGAUAUUUUGACAAAUGUCCAUACAAUGGAAGUCAAUGGGGGUCAGUGUUGUUCGGUUACCAACGUUCUUUUAUGUUUUGCAAUAGAAAGAAAGUCAUACAGGUUUGGAAUGACACAAGGGUGAGUGAUGAAAUCAUUUUUAUUUCUGUAUUUUAUGCAUUUUAUUUUUUUGCAUUUCAGCCUUUAAAAUCAUGCAGAAUCUGACCGAGCUCCCAAGCAACACAACAUCCAGCACAAACCUGUCCAUGAUCGUGAAGGUGUGUGUGGUUAUCCCUCUCUUCCUUGUCUUCCUGUGCUUCAUCAUCCUCACGCUCUACACGUUUGCAUCUCACAGGCAGUUCUUUGACAGCUCACGUUACGUCCUCUUCACCUACAUGCUGAUUAACGACGCCCUUCAGCUUCUCUCCUCAGUACUGCUUUUCCUGUUAGUUAUGGGCAGCGUGCACUUCGCCAUCGUAUUUUGCGCGCCUCUUCUGUUCGUGUCCACCGCCACCUUCCUUAACACCCCGCUCAUCCUCUCCACCAUGUCCCUGGAGCGCUACGUGGCCAUCUUCUACCCCCUCCACCGUCCCGCCAUCUGGAGGCCGGAAUGGAUCUGGGUCAUCAUUCUGAGCUUGUGGGUCAUCAGCUGCAUUCUGCCCGCAGUGGACUUCAUGCUCAUGCGGCUCAAACCGGGCGUGGAUGUCUACUCCACACCCGUUUUGUGUAAAACCGCAGUGAUCAAUGCCUCGCCCAUCCAAGCCCUUUUUAAAGUGAGCCUGAACGGGAUCUUCUUCGCCGUGGUGGCCGUGGUGAUCCUCUUCACAUACAUCCGGAUCCUGCUGGAGACCCGGAGGAUGAGGCAGGACCGUGCGUCGGUGAGCAAAGCUCUCCACACGGUGCUGCUGCAUGGGUUUCAGCUGCUACUCAGCGUGAUGGCCUUUUCCCAGCCUGUCGCAGAGCUCUUGCUUGCCCAGCGUGUUAGCUUGUCUCCAGCAGAUAUGUCUUUCAUCUAUUAUUUCUGCUUUAUUUUGCUUCCCCGGUUUCUGAGUCCACUCAUUUAUGGUCUUAGAGAUGAAACCCUGAGGAGCUACAUGGUGAAAACCAUUCCUUGUUAUGGUGCCCGAGUUGUGCCGAAGAAAGAAAUAAAAACGACUAAAUGAGACAAAAGGGGUUCCUGUGGUACGUACAUUGACAUUUACAUUUACGCUUUUAGCCAAAGCAAAAUCAAAUAAGUGAUUUAUCUUAAGGUUACAAUAAUAUGAGAAGUGCUAAAGUUUCUGUUGAGCAAGG